GUAGCUGGCGGUCUAAUUACAGGUCAUCUUAGUCACCCCCCUUGGGUUACAUACGAGAGCUCGGCACAAGCCCUGUGAGAGCAAUGUCACCCGCGUCAGUGUCGAGCUCGCAGGUAGCCACUUGAGGAGUUUUUGUAAGGCGUCAAACAAUGACUUUAUAAAGGGGGAUUUGCGGUAUGAUGGCCACUGCCAAAGGUGACACAGUAUCCAAGUUUGAGACUUUAAAACAACUGUAGCAGUGUCAAAAGGAGCAGGAUGACACCCGAGAUCGUGCGGGACAAACUCCGGCUGUUUGAGUCCAGGCUGCGCUCCACUGAGGCCCUGAAACAGACGCUCAAGACCCUGCUGACAGACAACAAGGAGUUGAAGAAGCAAGUCAAGGCCCUGCACAUGGAGAUCGGCUUGGAGUGCAGCCCCAAGUUCCAUGGAAAGACCACCAAGGAUAUUGUCAACGACCUGCACGAGAAGGAGUGCGAGGCCUUGAUAGACAAGGCGGCCAAGCUCGGCCUGACUGUGGACGAAUUGACAGCCGACCUGGCCAACACCGUAACGUCCAAGAUCCUGCAUUAGGAGGAGGUUUAGCAGGUCCA